GGGAGGGGGGGAGAAGCGAGGAGGAGAAGGAAGCGACCGGGGAAGAGUGCCGGCGUUACUGCCGCCGCCGCCGCCGCCCUGCGUCUCUCUUUCUCUCGGUCCCGGCCGGCGGCGCCGAGAGCGGACACUGUGGGGAGGCGGAUCCAUCAUGGCGUCUAUGCAGAAGAGGCUACAGAAAGAACUGCUAGCUUUGCAGAAUGACCCGCCACCAGGAAUGAUCUUGAAUGAAAAGAGUGUACAAAAUUCAAUUACACAGUGGAUAGUAGACAUGGAAGGGGCUUCUGGAACAUUAUAUGAAGGGGAGAAAUUUCAACUGCUAUUUAAAUUCAGUAGUCGGUAUCCAUUUGAUUCUCCUCAGGUUGUGUUUACUGGUGAAAAUAUUCCUGUUCAUCCUCACGUUUAUAGCAAUGGACAUAUCUGUUUAUCUAUUCUAACAGAAGACUGGUCUCCAGCUCUUUCAGUGCAAUCAGUUUGUCUUAGCAUUAUCAGCAUGCUUUCAAGCUGCAAAGAAAAGAGAAGACCACCAGAUAAUUCAUUUUAUGUAAGAACAUGUAACAAGAAUCCAAAGAAAACAAAAUGGUGGUAUCAUGAUGACACUUGUUGACACCAUCAUUCUAUGAAUCGCCUAACAGAAGAUAGUCCUACUGAGAAAAUGAGCACUUUGAUCAUUCAGUCUUUGAACUUUAACCUCCUGACUGGAAAUGAUAAAUAGGCAAUGAAGACUACUUCCUUUGACUGAAUUUUUACUAGUAUGCAUUCUGGGCACAUGUUGAUCGCUGGUUCACACCAUGCUAUUGACAUGCCUUUCGUAGUCAUACAAUGUUAAUGCUGGAAAAUGUCAUUCAAUUUUAACAUUUGGAAGAAUUCCAGGUCUUCAUAUAUUGUGCAAUAAUAUGAAUUUCUUGGUGGUUUUGGCAUAUCCAUUGCCAUAAAAGAUUGUAUCAGGAAACAUAUAUGCUUUCCACACAAUAGUUUAGAUGCAUGAUAGGGCCUAUGAAAGGUUUUAAGUAUAUUAGGAUGAUAAGUAACCUAUCUUUUACUUUGAAAGCCACCUAAUUUGUUUAGAUAUGGAUUCUGUGCACUGUGAUCAUAAAACUAGCAGCAUAAGUUAAAACAUGCUUAACUAAGAAAUUAAUAAGAACAUUGCAUAUCUACUGAACUGUCAGUGUCUUGACAAGCAAGUUUUUUCAAGUUAUGUCAGCAGAGAGGUACGUUCUAUGGUAGAAUAAAUAUCUUUUAUUUAUGUAUGUUAUAGAGAAGAUAUGAAUAAAUAAGGCAGAAGUGGUUUAAUCAAGGAAACCCAUGUUAUGAAAUAGAAACAAGUAGCAGGAUAAAACUGAAUUUGCUGCAGUCCAUGAUUGGGCUUGUUAAUAUGUAUACUAGAGCUAUUUUCCAAGUAGAUUGCACACGGUUAUUUCAUACUAGCCUUCAGCAUGAGCCCUGUUGCCUACACAAUACUUCAUUUAUUUAUAUGUCUAGAAAUUUUUGAGUUCACCGUUUCUUUUGUGGUCUUAUAUGUCAUAUUUGAAUGUUACAAAACAAUAUUUUCACUGAAAAGCUAUCAAAAGAUAUUUUCUUGUAAAUUAUUUCUUUAUUAACAUUUAUCUUGUCUUUUCUGUACCAUAAAGGAAGAAAUACAUUUUGGACAGAGAUGAACUGUUUUGACAAAAAGUGUGGAUCUUUUUAUUUAAACUUAAGACAAAUAUAUAUAAAUAUAUAUAUUUUUCUUACCUUACUUGUCCCAUACAGCCAUAACAAUUUUCCAGGUUUUCUUUAAAGAUACGACAAAAAGUAGAUUUACCUUUUAUACAGAAAAACAAUUGUUAAACAAUAGUGAAUUGAUCUUCACCUAUAUGUAAUUUUAUGAUACUGGAUCUAGGCUGUCUUUUUAGGAAGCAAUGAUGUGUCUUUUAUAAACUUGCUACCUUUACACAUAUGCAAACUUUCUAUUUCAGUGCUCUUUUUAAUGUUGCCUUAUUGUUGCACUAAAAAAAAAUCAAAUCUAGUAGUCAAUAAAUGAAUGUCUGAACUGCAGAGUAAACUUCUUACUUGAUUUUUAAAGUAAGAAUCAUAUAAGCAAAACAAAUCUCCCAGGAUUGGCUGAAAAUACUCAAGUGUGUGUGGAUUUUUUUUUUAACUGCUGCAUUGAAUCUUACAAGUUUUAUAGAUAUGUAUAUACUACAGUAGCUAUAAUAUUUAAAAUCAAUAUAUUUGCUAAGCUCAGGGGUGGGAAGAAAUCAAAUGAAAGAAAAAGAGGUGUUCUGUCCAGGCACUGAAUUCCAAAUUAUUGGUAGAUCAGUUUUAAAUAAGGGUAUUUUACCUUUUCUGUUUUGAAGAAGAUUACUGGCCUCUUACUCAGAACUAAGAUACUGUGGGAAAACUUGUGUGUGUGUAUUUCUCCAUUGCAUUAUUAAUGUUACUAGUAAUUUUUGUUCAAGCCAAAAAUAAUGUCGAUGUUGAAGUUUGUAUCCUCCUUGAUUUUCUUCUAGCUCUUUUUCCAUUUGUAAAUUAAAUU